AUGAAGGCGAAGAAGGCGAAGAAGGCGAGUUCAGAAGGCUUGGGACAGGCCGAAGGGGCCCCCCGCGGACUGCCUCUCUGGCGCGCCGUGGACGUCGAGCCUGGUUUAGAGGCGGAAGGCUUUUUGGGGCUGGAAGAACUCGUUUAUGAGGAGGAAGCAAAGCCACGCGGCGAAAAGAGGAAGAGGGAUCGAAGUCAGCAACGGGGACAGGCAGAAGCAGCAGCUGCAGCAGCUGCAGCUGCAUCGCCGGAAGCAGCAGCCGCAGCCGCAGCGGCAGCAGCGUUCGAUUGCAUGUACGAUAGCUACGAGCUGGUGCCUCAGCUCGAUGAGGGGCUAGAUCUAUGGAAGCCGCACUUGAACAAUGAUAUUUGCAUGGUACACCCUGCUGUCUCCAGGGUGCUGCUGCAGCAGCAGCUGGUGCGUCCGACGCCAGUGCAGCAGCAGGUUCUGCUGCAGGCACUCAGGGACAGGCGUGAUGUUGUCGCGACAGCGCAAACAGGAUCCGGAAAAACUCUUGCCUUCGCCCUACCCAUAGUUAGCUCCUUGGCUACCCAGCUGGCUAGGCGUCUCGAGAAGUGGCAGGAGAGGCAGACGCGCAAGGAGGCAGAGGAGCAGCAGGAGCGAGCAACUGCGGAGGCUUUCUUAGAGCACCAUGAGGGAGGUCCAGAGGCAGAUCCUGCUGUGCGAGAGGAGCAAAGAAGGCAAUUUCUGCUGCAGCAAGUGCAGCCGGAGGGUCCAGCUGCACUGGUGCUUGAACCGACUCGUGAGCUCGCUCUACAGGUGUUGCACGUCCUGCAGCAGCUGUGUACAUACACCCCAAUCCGCGCUGCUGCGGUUGUGGGGGGGCUGUCGCCUGAGAAGCAACUGAGGGUUCUAGGAACCAGCAAGCCUCUGAUUCUUGUUGCGACCCCCGGACGGUUGCUGGCGUUGCAGCGGGAGCAGCCCUUAUCCGUUGCUGCCUCGGAAGCAGCAUCCGAGGCGUUAGGAGUGGGAAAGGUAGACGAUCAGGGAGAGGACGAAGAGGAGGAGAACGAAGAUCCCCAGAACCAGGUGCAUGAAGCGCAGAUGCGGCGACAGCAGGGGCGGAGGGAAAGGCUUGCUGCCCAGGGGUUGUCUUUUUCCCAAAAUUUUUCUAUGCUGCAAUUCCUCGUUUUGGAUGAAGCGGAUAGGUUACUGCAGCAGCAGCAGCAGAGAGGCAAGCAGAAUAAGGAGAAGAAGAAGAAGAAGAAGAAACAAAACAGACCCUGGAUUCCCCCGUCCACCGAGACCGAGGUGCUCCUACAGCUAGUGUAUGCACAGCUGGAUGCGGCGCCUCCCAAAGGGUGCAGCAGCAACACAAACAAAGGCAGCAGCGACAAGGAAAUGGCUACAGGCAGCAACAGGAGCAAGCGCAAGAAGCAGCAGAAGCAGCCCAAGAUGCCGAGACAGCUGAAGGGCAGGGCCGCAAGUCUUCAGACGUUUGUACUGUCAGCUACACUGGCACUUGCGCUGCAGCGGAAGCAACAGGGCCUGCAAGUAAUAAGUGCAAGCAGCCAGGAUGACGAAGACGGAUCUGCAGCCGCUGCUGCCCUGUUGCAGCAUGUACGAAUCAGAGCCAAGAUGCUGGUUGCAGUGAGAGUCUCCGAAGCAGAGCAGCAGCAGCAUGUGUGGCGCCACCAGCUCCAGGAGCAGGAACCCCAGACGGAGGGGCAGAAAGAAAGUGCGGUAGAGCUGCAGCAACUCAACAGCAAGCUGCCGAGUACCCUGCGUCUGAGCGUCUGGAAGUGUCCAGUGGAAUCUGAGAUGGAAGUUCACCUGGCGGCUUACCUCCUGCGGGUUUUUGAUCUAAAGGCGGGAGAGAAGCAGCCACUUCGAGUCGUUUUGUUCGUGAAUGCCAUUUCUUAUGUCUACAGGCUCGAAUCUCUCCUCACGUUUCUUUCAAGCCGGUACGGGCUACUUGUGAGCACAGACGUGGCGGCCCGCGGUGUAGAUUUCAAGGAUGUGGAAAAGGUCCUUCAUUUCCAAAGACCCCGGGAUCAAGAAACCUUUAUUCACAGAUGCGGCCGGACUGCUCGAGCAGGCAAAGAUGGGGAGGCGGUCUGCUUUAUCUCGAGCAGCGCAUCUGGCGUCUGGGAGUGGCUCCUGGCAUCGGCAGGCAUCCAACUGUCGGCUGCACCACCGCCUCUGGGAUUUAGGGAUAUUGCGGGACUGCAGGAGCGGAUGGAAACAAUUAGGCGGCUCUUCCAACUGGCGGAUCAAGUAGAACGGGAAAACCAUCAGGAGCAAAAACAAAAGCGGAAAAGGGGCGUUAUGCGGCGGCUGGCCCUCGCAGCAGAUGUGGAACUGGAAUCAGACGGGUCGGCAGCAGACGAAGCUUUGCAAGAUUUGAGAAUAAAGGGCCAGAGAAAAAAUCAGCAGGCCAGGCAAAAGCUGAGGCAGGCAAGUGUUUUCACAGACUCUGCACAGGCUAUUGAAGUGGACGUACAGAGCAGCCGCAGGGAGUGGCGGUGUAUGUGGAUUUCUCUCCCAUUUUCGUGCAGCUCUUCCUCUGAUGCGUGCGUGCCGCAGAUCCUUGCCACAUGUGUCCCCUGA